AUGGAUCAUCUUGCCAUUGGGGAAGAAUUCGUGGUUGAACCUCAAUCACUUCCGUCACCAUUGAAAGAUGUGGUAUGCCUCAGUUACAUACUUCUCUAUGAAGAUCUAAGCACGUUACGAGCACUACUGCAGUACUACAGUCAGCGAAGCGAUUUGAUGGUACUGUAUGUGGGCAGCAUGAGUGACGAAGUAUUCGCCGAAACGACGCCCUACAAGUGGAAAAUCGACAUUGUUGCAUGGCCAAUUUUCUCGAAAAGGUUAGCGACACUGGUGGACUCUUGCAUGAUCGCGCUACUG